GCGCCUCCCCCCCCUGCCAGCCUCUGCCCCGCGCUGCGAGUCGGGCUGGGUCCCGUCCCUCCCGGGCACGGUCAGCAAGGAGCCAGCCGGAGCUGUGCAGCAGCCCGCCCGUGCCACAUCGCCAGCGAUUGGAAAAAAGAUGUUUACAGUACUUUCCCGCCAGCCCUGUCAGCAAACAGGUUUCAAGGUGCUCUCCAAAACUCCAACCAUAAUUGCUUUGGUAUUUCUGCUUUUAAGCAUAGUUGUUGUGAUUGCUGUUACCCUUGUUCAGAUCAAGCACAAAGAGGUCCUUUCUCCAGGACUGAAGUAUGGGAUAGUGCUUGAUGCCGGAUCAUCUCGGACUACAGUCUAUGUGUAUGAAUGGCCAGCAGAAAAAGAAAAUGAUACGGGAAUAGUAAGCCAGACCUUCAAGUGCAGUGUGAAAGGCCCGGGUAUAUCCAGCUAUGGGAAUAACCCUCAAGAAAUGGUCAAACCCAUUGACAACUGCAUGAAUAAAGUAAAGGAGAAAAUUCCAUCUCACUUGCAUAAAAAUACCCCAACAUAUCUGGGAGCUACAGCUGGAAUGCGAUUACUGAGGUCACAAAAUGAAACGACAGCCAAUGAAGUCCUUGAGAGCAUUCAAAACUACUUCAGCUCCCAGCCCUUUGAAUUUAGGGGUGCUCAAAUCAUAACUGGGCAAGAGGAAGGGGUGUAUGGAUGGAUUACAGCCAACUAUUUAAUGGGCAAUUUCUUGGAGAAAACCCUUUGGAGGACAUGGGUCCGUCCUCAUGGAGCAGAGACCACGGGUGCGCUUGAUCUAGGAGGAGCCUCCACUCAAAUAUCCUUUGUCCCAGAGGAGUGUUCGCAGAACUCCAGCAGCACGUUACAAGUGCAGCUGUAUGGCUAUGAAUACAAUGUGUACACUCACAGCUUCCCGUGUUAUGGAAGAGACGAAGCAGAGAAAAGGUUCUUAGCCUCACUAGUGCAGAAUUCAAGAGACAAGGCCAAAGUUGAUAAUCCAUGCUAUCCUCAGGAUUAUGAAACUGUCAUAACAAUGAAACACUUGUAUGGAAGCUUUUGCACAGAACCUGUAAGACCCACAAAUUACAACCCAGGACAGCUCAUAAAUUUCAGGGGAACUGGAAAUCCAGCUCUGUGCCGGGAGCAGGUGUCCUUAUUGUUUAACUUCACUGCUUGCAACGACAAGGGGGAAGAUUGUUCAUUCAAUGGAGUCCAACAGCCAAAACUUAAAGGGAACUUUGUGGCAUUUUCAGGAUUCUACUAUACAGCCAAUGCUUUGAAUUUAACUGGACACUUUCCCCUAGCUGAUUUUAAUUCAAGCAUGUGGUUUUUCUGCUCACGGAGCUGGAAUCAGCUUCCAUCUAUACUGCCUAAAUUUGAAGAAAUAUAUGCUAGAUCCUACUGCUUUUCAGCAAACUACCUCUAUUACCUGCUUGUAUAUGGAUAUAAAUUUAACGCUGAGACUUGGCCCCAGAUACAUUUCCGAAAAGAAGUUGGUAACAGCAGUAUAGCAUGGUCUCUUGGUUAUAUGAUGAGCCUCACCAAUAUGAUCCCAGCAGAAAGCCAGCUGAUCCAGCGACCUGUGAACCCUUCUUUGUUUGCUGGCCUCCUCUUUUUCUUCACAGCUGUAGCAUUGCUAUGUCUCAUCUUUGUUGUUUAUUUGUGUGUUGUAUCGCGUAUGCGAAAGAAUAUCAAUCACAUGGACCAUGUACUUGCUACAGAAUGAACAGAGGGCUCAGUGACAACAAAAGACAUAAACUUGAAAUGUUCUUUGGAGACCUGCAUUUUAGAAAAAUCAAGUGAGAAAGAAAUAAAUGUAUCCUGAAAGAAAGGAAAAAGAUCAGAAACCAAAGUGGAGAACAGAAAUCAAGGAAAUGGUAUUAUAAUGCAUUGGCUCUCUCAUGAGAGGUCUCAGCACUCAGUGCUAUAGACUUAUGGCAUUUAUAGUGAACUCUGUAAACUCUGUUUUGUUAUUAAGUAGCUGUGGAAGAAGAAUAAGUACUAUGCACUAUACGUUAUUUUUGCAUAAUAGUCUCCUAGAGACAUAAUUGGUCAGUAGUUUCAAGAUACAAGCAAAAGGACAAAACCAUAGGACAGAGGAAAAUAGUGGUAAUACUCAUCUGUCAUAUUGAAGCUAAAUGAAAAACUCAUUCCUGAAACUGGUAAGGACAUUAGUUAUAUCCCAUACAUUGAGUACUCAGUGUUCUCACUAAUUUAUUCCAUCCAUGUGUGGAAUAAAUGCGCACCACUGGUAGAAACAAAAAGUCUAGUUGGGUGGCAUUUGAAUCUGUCCUGAGCGACUCCACAAGUGCCCAGCUUACAGGGAACUGCAAGGUGUGCUCAGGAAAAAAACUUUGUUCAUUACCAUGUAGACCGUGACAGAAGAUUUAGGCCACCAAGUAAAAGUGGAUCACUCAA